CACAUACACACACACACACACACACACACAAUCCAGCACCGACAGCACCAUCAGACGGAGCUGCCUGCCGCUGCCACUGGCUCCUCACAGGCAGAGACAGGGAGCUGGGAGCCCGCCUGGAGACGACCUAAUGCUGCCGCUGCUUCCAUUGCACAAAGGAGGAGAGUGGAGGAGAGGAGCCGUGGACCCGGGCUUGUGAGGCAGAUAUAGAUAUACUGGGAAGAAGAAGGGAGGGAAGGUGAGUGAAUGCAGUCCAGUCCAGUUGCUGUUGCUGCUGGUUUCGCUGCUGGAGGAGGAGGAGGAGGAGGAAGCGCAGAGGCUGAAGAGGCUGGAGGAGCAAAAAAAAAACCAUCCCGCAGAGAUCCAGAGAUCCAGGCAGAGCAGCAGUGAUCAGAGAGCCUCCAGGUUUGCAGAUGUGGAUGGAGCGGUGUGCAAGGUCUAGUCCUGGGUGUCUGGCCCAGUGAUUUAACCCCAGACAGGAGCAGGAGGAAGCAGUGGAGAGGAGGGUCAUGGGGAUGAGCCUGAACCAGGACUGGCUCCUGCCUUUCCUCUUCUUGCUGCUGAUGAUCACAGUGUCGCCAACACACAGCCAGGGAUGUCCUCAACGUUGCGACUGCAUCGCGAAGCUCAAGACCGUGUCCUGUUUCGGCAAACGCCUGUCAGCACUGCCAGACGGCAUUCCACAGGACUCCAAGAUCCUGGAUCUCAGUGGAAACAAACUCCGCUGGGUAGAGCAUGGAGACCUGCUUUCGUAUCCCCGACUUGAAAAGUUGGACUUGAGUGACAACAUGAUUAGUGUCCUAGAACCGAAUGCUUUUUCUAGUCUCCAGAACCUGCAGUCGCUUUCGCUGAGGGGCAACCAGCUGAAACUGGUCCCAAUGGGGGCUUUCUCACGUCUCUCCAACCUGACGUCACUGGACCUCAGUGGGAAUAAGAUUGUGAUUCUUUUGGACUUUACUUUCCAGGACCUGAAAAGCCUAAAAAACUUAGAAGUUGGAGACAAUGAUCUGGUUUAUAUCUCCAACAAGGCCUUUCUGGGUCUCGUGGGGCUGAGGGAGCUGACCAUCGAGAGGUGCAACCUGACAUCUGUGUCCAGCCAGUCUCUGUCUUAUCUGCAUAACCUGGUGACUCUGCGGCUCCGCUACCUCAGCAUCUCCUCCUUAGAAGACCAGAACUUCCGCAAGCUGGGAAACCUGAAGGGGCUUGAAAUCAACCACUGGCCCUUUCUAGAGCACAUUUCCCCUCACAGCUUGCAGGGGCUUAACUUGUCCUGGUUGUCUAUCACACACACUAACAUCACAUCUGUGCCGACCUCCGCCCUGCGCAGUCUGGCCCACCUCACCAGCCUCAACCUUUCCUACAACCCCAUCUCGGUGUUGGAGUCCUGGGCGCUGCGGGACCUUGUCAGGCUGAAGGAGCUGCAUAUGGUCAACACGAACCUGAUAAUAGUGCAGCCAUACGCACUGGGUGGCCUGAGGCAGAUCCGCCUUCUUAACCUCUCCACUAACAGCCUGGUGACCCUGGAGGAGGGAGCGUUUCAGUCUGUCAACACUCUGGAGACACUACGUUUGGAUGGAAACCCUCUGGCCUGCGACUGCCGUCUGCUCUGGAUCCUCCAGCGCAGGAAGACCCUUAAUUUUGACGGCGCCUCCCCGGUGUGUAUGAUGCCUGUCGAGGUGCAAGGACGGGCGCUCAACGCUUUCUCUGACUCGGCCCUCUUUGAUCACUUCACUUGCCAGAAGCCCAAAAUCCGCAACAGGAAACUGCAGCAGAUAUCUGCCCGCGAGGGACAGGUGGUGUCGUUCAUAUGCAAAGCUGAAGGGGAGCCUGCGCCAGUGAUAUUCUGGAUCUCCCCUCAGCGCCGUCGCAUCACCACAAAGAGCAGCGGACGCUUAACUGUGUUACCAGAAGGCACGCUAGAAAUACGGUACGCCCAGGUGACAGACAGUGGAACUUACAUCUGCAUAGCCAGUAACGCUGGUGGAAAUGACACCUAUUUUGCCACUCUUACAGUGAGCGGGCUGCCGCUAGACGCAGCCCUCAUGGCCAACCGCACUUACUAUGCCGGGGAUCUAAAUGACACUAAUCUAAACGACACCAGAGUCUUCUUGAAGUUUACUCUGGACCUCAAGACCAUCCUCAUAUCCACAGCUAUGGGCUGCAUCAUGUUCCUGGGUGUGGUCCUGUUCUGCUUCAUCCUGCUGUUUGUGUGGAGUCGAGGGAGGGGGCAGCACAAGAACAAUUUCUCGGUGGAAUAUUCCUUCAGGAAAGUGGACGGACCUGCUGCGAGCGGAGGACAGGGCGGGGCGCGAAAGUUCAACAUGAAAAUGAUUUGAUCAUGGGCCUGUUUUUCUUUUUAGUAUUCUGUCCCUGAUGCUGUUUACAAGCAAUGGCAAGCUGGGACAUAAAAACACUGGAGUGGGUGCCUGCGCUUGCAAAACAUUAGAAUUAUUUAUUUAUAGGACGUUUUUGAAAAAUGACUACGUAUGGGAAAAAAGGCAAUCGGUAUGGAUUUGAGAUGAUGUAUUUCUACUGCUCUUUAUUUUGUGUCCUUGUUAUUGUGCAGAGGAAACGUGGAUUAUAUUUAAAGAUGUCUUCAAAGGACUGUUAAAAAAAAGACAAAGCAACAAUAGCACUCAGAGUCCCGUCAGUCUUUAACCUCUGCAGAACUCUUUGCCAACUCCCUCUUUCUUCCCCCCAGGAUCCCUGUCUCCCUUCAUCUGUAAAGGACUUCACCUUGCUCCGUUUGAGGCGACUCAAGCUCUCUAUCUCUAAACUCAUGAAUACAUAACAGCUGGGUGGUGCUCAAUGAUUGCCAAGGACUUGCCAACAUGUAUUUGACUAGUUUGAGCUAUAAUACUGCAUCUUUACACUCAUCUGCAGAACUUUAGAGCAUUAAUAUGUAGAGGCUCUGCUUUUUUAGCUGUUGAUGAGUUCUUACAGAAAAUAUGAAUUAUACAAAACGACUACUACUCUGCAACACUGCCAAUUUGACCAUAAAGCACCAUGUAAUAUCACUGUCAAUGUGGGAGAGAGAAGUUUUCAUUGGAUGGUCAAGGGUGACUUAAAACAAAAGUGGGGCUCUACAGGUCAUGUGCACACAUGCACACUUGCUCUUUCGUUUGUCCACUGUCACACUGUACAAGACUUUUGCCCUGUUAAUCUGAAAAUCCUGUGUAAAGAUGAACGUUGACUUCUUACUUUGAAUAAUGUGAAUUAUUUGUAAAGUGAACAUUUGUGUUGAAUAGAUUAUACUGUAUAAGAUUGUAUUAUAUAUUUUGUAAACUCUGACAUCCUUGUCGUUGUUUAUAGUAAUGUUGACUGAUCAGAUUUUGCCGUCCUACUGUAAUUGUAAUUCUUUUUCAAAAUCAUUGCUAUCUAGUCCAGUCAUAAACAGAUAUUUUACACUCUCACUGUAUCACAUCUGAGCUCAAACAACACAAAUCACAAGGGGGGCGUCCAUGUUAGGUUUUUGUUCGUCUGCCUAUUCCUGACCUUGUCACUGUCAUAAGGGAGGCGUUUGGCUGACCACCAGGGGAAGGAGUUAAGUGGACUCUCAUCAGGAUCUCAAUCUGUUUUUAGACACGAACAGAAAAAUGCUAAUGCGAUAUAGACCUUGCAGACUGGAACAGAGGUCAUAAUGAAAUUGAGCCAGUCAGAAGGGGAACUCUGGGUAUUUUAGGAAGACACAGACACUUUAACAGCAAAGGGCUCGGUGCUGGGGUCAUAACAACAGGCCACAAAAGGGAGGUGUGCAACAUUUUUGUACGAGUUUGAAUAUAUUUUGUUCUAUUGGUGAAAUUCAAUAAGAUUUAAUAAUUAAAUUUAAGGAAUACAGUCGGAAAAAGUCCUACGUUUCACAUGAAUUUGCAGUCAUGUCCACUGAAAAAUUAAAAUGUGUAGUACUUCUAUACCACACCAGUCUAUAUCAACCCUAGAAACUGGAGUCACUAAAUCAACUUUUCCUCAUAACCCCAGACAUUAUUUUGAGAGUGUGAGAAUACAGAUUAGCUGCAUAUAUAAUUUGAAACUUCUUUUGAUCGCACCAGUUGUGAGAUCAGCUGCUUAGGUUCAGCCAUUCCACUUUUAACACUGUUACUCUGCUGCCCUCUGUUGGCAAUAAAUGGCAAUAAUAAUAGUAAUAAUAAUAAUAAACUUGAUUUACUAAUUUGAUUUUCAAACUCCACAUUACAAAUUGCUUUACAAUGGCAGCAAAUCAAAAAUACUAGUCAUAAAAUCAUCAGCAAAAGAUUGAAUAAUCAUGUAAAAUUUCCCAUAAAGCAAUUAUGAAAGUGUUGGAGGGCUGACCUGCUGCCAAUAGUAUUGAAAGUGAAAAUUCAUUUUGUGUAAUAAAUUACGUAACAUUCCUCACAAAGCAAACAAACAGUACAAACUGUAAACGGAGUGGUGGAGCGUCAUUCCAUGUUCGCUCACAUAUACUGCACAAGAAGUUAUUAUUAACCAACUGUGAAUAUGUUCUUGGACUGAUCUGACAUCAGUUAAGUUUCCUCUCUGUGAUAACAACUGAUGUAUUUUUAAUUGUCUUACAUGAUGAACUCCUCCUGUAAAUAUGGAAGACAUUGUGUCUGGAAGUGCUAGACUGUUUUGUAUUGUACUGUUUUAUAAAAAGGAAGCACACUGUUUAUAAAGCAUGCUAUAUUAUCUGCUAUGAUGAUGUCCUGUCCUGUUUUUUACAGCUGCUGUCUGAUCUCUCCACCCUCUCUCUGUGUUGCAGAUUAUUAUGGUAUGUUUUUCCCCAGGUUUGUCUUAUUUAAUUUUUUCUUGAAAUAAUCAGUUGAUUCAGAUAAAUGAACGUGUUAUCUACACUACACAUAAAU